CAUACAAAACACCAAAACACACACUUCCUUUUCAUCUUUUGCCGCCACCCACCAUGCUCAUCUACACCCUCCCUACUCCCCACCUUCUCAAGAAUCCCCAAUCCAUAAACACAAAACCAUGAAACCUCCAAACAGAUUCUGUUUUCAGAAAAUUAAUCCAUGGAGAACAAGAACAUUAAUGACAAGAAGAGAUCUUUCUUUGCUGUUCUAUCUGUUUUCUUGCUUCUGUUAAUUUCAUUCAAUGGAGCUUCUAUCUUCUCCAUUAAGAUCCCUUAUCAAGAAAAUGUCACUGGAGAUUCAGGAAACUUGCUUUCUAUGUCGUCGUCUUUGUCAAACUUGAUGUAUGCUGUAGAAGAAGAAAUCCCAUCUGAAAUUUCGAGAACCCAUUUGGGAAAAACGGUGUCCGGUGCCGGAGAUUCUAUGAGCUUGAACUCUGUACUUCACUCGAUGCACGAUGUACAGCAAGAACAACAGCAGAAAGAACAACGUAUUUCUUUGGUGAAAGAAGAAACCCCACCUGUAAUUUCAAAUAGCCAUUUGCCCCUUUUACGUAAAUCCCACAGUCUACGUCUUGAAUCUGAGGAUUUUCCAAGCAAAAAGAAGAGAAUCUUGGAGCUUUUGACUUCCAUGGAGUCUUCCGGCGGGCUCCGGCAGGGGGAUUUUAGGGCGAGAGUGAAGGAGUUCUUUAGCAAGAACGAAACUUCUUGCAAGGUUCGUUUCUUUAUGACCUGGAUUUCAUCAUUGGAUUCAUUUAGUGACAAAGAAUUUCACUCGAUUGAAACUUUAUUCAACACACACCCGAAAGGGUGUCUGCUAAUCGUUUCAAACUCCAUGGAUUCAAGUAAAGGAAACCAAAUUCUGAGACCCUUUUUAGAUAAAGGUUUUCGAGUAACAGCAAUUUCGCCUGAUUUAAACUACCUUCUCAAGAACACAGAGGCAGAAUCUUGGUUUUCCAGGAUAAUUAAAGGCGACAUUGAUGCUGGGUACGUUCCAUUUGGUCAAAACUUAUCGAAUUUACUUCGGCUUUGUUUGUUGUAUAAAUAUGGUGGUGUUUACAUAGAUACUGAUCUUAUUAUCAUGAAAAGCUUCUCUAAGUUAAAGAAUUCAAUUGGAGCACAAACAUUGGAUUUGGGUUCAAAGAAUUGGAGCAGGUUGAAUAAUGCAGUCAUGGUGUUCGAUAAAAUGCAUCCAUUAGUAUACAAAUUCAUUGAAGAAUUCUCAUUAACUUUCAAUGGAAACAAAUGGGGUCACAACGGUCCUUAUUUGGUUUCAAGGGUUGUUUCAAGGCUUCAAGGGAGGCCUGGUUAUAAUUUUACGAUUCUACCCCCACCGGCGUUUUAUCCAGUGAACUGGAAUCGGGUUCGGAACCUUUUUCGUGGGCCUAAAAACGAGACCGAUGCGAAAUGGUUAAGGGGAAAACUGCGGCAGAUUCGAAGCCAGAGUUACGCUGUUCAUCUUUGGAAUAAACAGAGUAGAAAGCUUCAUAUCAAAGAAGGAAGCAUUCUGAGAAAGAUCUUAUCAGAUCACUGUGUUUUCUGCAAUUCAUCCACAAAUGCUGCACUGUAAGUAUAGAAUAGAAUUCCAAAAAGAUUGGAUCUUUUGCUAUAUAUGUGGUUAUGAAUCAACUCAAUUCAUUCCACAUUUUUAGAUUGUAGAAAUUUUUGUUGAAAAAUGAUGAAGAAAAUUGAACAAAAAUUCUUGUUU